AUGUACCUGGGGCAUUGUAAUACAGCCGUGGUGACCACAGGUGGCGAGGCGGGCGCGGAGGAAGUGAACGUGGAGGAGGGCGAGGACGUGGGCGCGGAAGAGGACGACGUGGCAACGGGCGACACAGAGGAGGGCGACGCGAAGGUGGCGCGGAGGUGGGUUGGAGGUGGGUUGGAGGUGGAGGGCGGGCGGCGUAGGAGAGGAGGGUGGCGCGAAGGAGGCGGGUGGCUCAAAGGAGGCGGCAGGCGUGGGCGGAGUAGGGCGAGGAGGGUCGCGCAGGGCAGCAUGGAGGGGGAAGGCCGCGCAGAGGAGGGCGAGGAGGAAGGCAGAGAGGAGGAGGACGUCCGCCCGGACGUCCUCGGCCUGUUGUAG